AUGCUCAAGACGCAGCGUUGGUCGAGGCGCGUCGCGUGGCGAUCGUUGACCGAAGGCACACUCGGCCAAACCUGCCGAUGGAGAAGUGACCAGAAUGUCGGCAGACCAUCGCGAGGCCAUCGGGAGAGAGCCAACUCAAAGUACGCCGUGAAGCGUGCCGCCAACACAACGACCCAAACAGAAAAUAGGAAGCCCUCUUUGGUUGAGCAGCUGUUCCCAGAAGAGUCCAAACGCUAUGAAGCCCAACAGAAUGCCUCACGCGAGAUUCCUCGCCUGCCCAUAGAAUCUCGGACACAAACUCCAACCAUUACCAAGGUCGUACAGCAGGAUUCGCCCAGAAAAUCAUUCAUAGCACAACGACUGCACGCAGAAGCAGCCCAGGCAAGCCCAGGGACCAGUGUGCUCGUCUUGCGAAAUGCCAGCAAUAACCUGACUGAGGAAGACUUCCGCCGUCUCAUUCCACAAGGACGACAUAUCGAAGGCUGGACUCUCCAGGAGGGAGACAUCCUGAAAGUCAUACCUGGCCGCAAUCUGGCAACUCUGGCCCGGGAGAACCACUACUUUUUGCUGUUUUCAUCAACUCUGAGCGCUUUCAUGUACCAGGGCCAUGUCUCACGUAUCCACAAACUUGCGGCCAUGCAUGCACCAAGCUCGAUCACAUCACCUGUACCUCCACCCCCCGGAUAUAUGGUGGAAGGAUUAGACCUACAUUCUGCGAUUCAGGCAUACAGCUUGGUCCCGCCAUGGCAGAAACUGGAGCUAAGGCAAUUGAGGCCUCCAAUGACACCAGUCGUCCGAUCUAUAAUUAAAUACGAGGGGUAUCCUAGUAUUGUCAAGCGCCCGGACAAGAUGCCCUUCGAAGUACGUCUCACCCUCGAGGGCCCGCAAAUCCAAGCCGGUGGCAUUCGCCACAUCAUAAUGGAAAGUGCUCAGGCCAGGUCUCUGAGCUGGUCAGGCGGCAACAACAUCAAUGUCAAGGUUACCAAAUGGGAGCCUCAACCGAAAGUCUCUGCGAUGGACGAAAGUGUUUAUGCCGAGCAGGCCGUCGAUGAUACCAAAUCAGCAUCCCAGAAGGAGGAGGCGGAAAGAGAUGGAGCGGCAUUGUUGAUGGAGGCAGCUGGAGCAAGCGAGCGACGGAAGCUACGUACGCCGAAUCCUGUGUACAUUGUCGGAUUUCACACAGAAGGCGCAGCACAGAGCUUUGUGAGUUACUGGCACAGACGCCCGAUGGAGCAUAUGGACCGAUAUCACCACGAACUCGAAGGCGACGUUGCACCUAUCGCGAACGUGGAGCUACUGUGGUAG